AUGCCCAACUACUACGACGAGCUGGAGAUUGAAGACUUUGCAUGGGACCCAGUCGCUCGACUCUUCCACUAUCCAUGCCCCUGUGGUGAUCGUUUCGAGAUUUCAAAAGCUCAGUUGAGGGACGGAGAGGAGAUAGCCAUAUGCCCAAGCUGUAGUCUGAUAGUUAGGGUUAUAUACGAUUAUCUCGAUUGGGAAGAUUACGUCACGUCAGACGAAGAAGAUGAUGGCGAAUCAGUCGAUACACCCCCAACCGAAACUACCCCUGAUAACGAGGAGCCGCGACCCGUCUCUGGUGACGCCGAGGAGGGCGUCAAAGAUGAGAAAGCAGCAAAGAAGGAGGGUGGAGGAAUUGAUGCACAAAAGCAGGCAGAUCCAGACAUAGCGGAGGGGAUUGCAUGUCUAGGUUUGAAGGAUAGAAGUGAUGGCAGUAACGAUGGGAAGAAAGGAUAG